GAAAAGCACUGCACUGCGGCACCUGUGAUGGACCAGUGAUCACACCAGUUCGGCCGGGGUGUGACGGAUUGGAAAUUCAAGUUGGAGAAGUUGCCAAGCCAAAGGUUCACCGUUCACCUCGGAUUGGCGACCGGUCUCCAGUUCACCGCGACUCCAGCUGGUUCAAUCAGUUUCGGCCGGACUCCACAAAUGGAAUUUAGCCGUCCCGUCCAUGGCCUCGCUGCAGUCCGUCUGCACUGACAACCAACUUCAUCAACCACCGACGUCCGUGCCUGAUUGGGUCAAUUCGCGAUCCCGAUUAAAACCACAACCCAUAGUAUCUCGACAAUCUCUUGCCUGCAACUCUCGUGAGCCAACUGUUGACCGGACAAGCCCGACAGUACCUAAUCACAGGAGGAUACCUACCACAAAGCGCAAAACACUGCCGGGCUGGGCUCACAGGUGUCUCCAAAAGCACGACCCAUCCGUCGCUGCCUCCCCGACCGCCACCAGCAAAGCAGCCCGGCGGCUUCAAGCCUGCCUUCCAACCCGCGAUCCAUUCUGCGCGGUCCUUCAGCGCCGCCCCAUCUCCAUCUCCCGUUCCAGGCUAUCCCGCAACCCCAACAACCGCGGCAGCAACCUCGCCGUAUACGGCGGCUCCUGGCUAUGGCUCGACUCCUGGCGCCGCCGCGCCCGGCAGCUAUGGCGCGCCCACCCCAUACGGCGCUCAUCAACCAGCCGUUCCCGGCGUAGGAGGUGGCCGUGGCGGCUAUGGCCAAGCAAACAUGACAUACAGCAGUUACCCCCAAGCAGCAGGCUAUCAACAACAAGCCGCAUACGGAUACGGCACCCCCGGCACCGGCAGCUAUUCCACCCCGCCCCAGAUCCGCAACCCCUUUCCCGUUCCGAACGCCGCCCCGACCGCUGGCCACCAUGGUCAUCACCAUGACGCCAAUUACGACCCCGUCGAGGCGGCGCAGAUAGCGGCGUGGCAGAGCGCGUACAUGCCCAAAGACCCCAACGACCCCAACAAUGCCGUCAACAAGGUGGGCGGUGCCGGCAGCGUUCCCGGUGCGCGCGCUGCAGCCGGCGCCUACGGUGCAGGCGCCGCUCAGUACGGAGCCGCUUACGGUGCAGCGAUGGAUCCCGCGGCCGCCGCGGCCGCCGCGGCAGCAGGAGCAGCGGGAACAUCAACCGACCCCUACGCAGCCCAUAACGGCAGCGGUGCGACGGGCGCCGACGGCGAGAAGAAGAAGACAGUAGUGCGCGAAGGCGGCGGCAAGAAGUGGACAGACGACACCUUGCUUGAAUGGGACCCCUCGCACCUGCGUCUCUUCGUGGGCAACCUAGCAGGCGAGACAACAGAUGAGUCGCUCCUCAAGGCCUUUUCACGCUGGAAGAGCGUGCAAAAAGCGAAAGUGGUGCGCGACAAGCGGACGACCAAGAGCAAAGGGUUCGGGUUUGUCAGCUUUAGUGACCCCGAGGACUUUUUCCAGGCGGCGAAGGAAAUGAAUGGCAAGUAUAUCCAGAGUCAUCCGGUGGUGGUGCACAAGGCCAAGACGGAGAUCAAGCCGACGGUGCUGAAGGAUGAUCGAAAGGGCGGCAAAUGGAAGGAUAAGAAGAAUAAUCAGAAUAAGGAGAAGAAGAGCCGUAGUGGGAUGGGCGCCGGUGUGGGUCAUGAUGGAGGCGGCAGUAGUGGUGGCGCGGGCGGCGGGUAUGAGCCGCAUCUUGGACCUGCGCAUGGCAGUGGAGUGACCAAGCCUGGUCAGAAGACUAAAGGCGGAUUAAAGUUGCUUGGCUGAUCGUCUUGGUCGGGUUCACUUUCUCGUGCUUCACCUUAGGACAUCAAGAAGCAUUGCGUAUUGAGAUGCUUGUGCAUUCAAAAGAACUACAAGGGCGUUAUGGAUGCCUGGGCUUAGGAAGCGAUCGUUUGGAGACGGUAUGUUGAUGUUCCGGCUUUCGUCUGGUGUAUUCCCCGAAUUAGAGAACGCAAGUGUCAAUAAGUGGUUCCAAUGUAUGUCAGAUGUAACAUGUGCGAAUAUUAAUGUUACCAGCCUUGUAGUAUAUCACCAAUGCUUGUUUCUACGGAUUCACGCAUUUAAUCCCGGUUUUUUUUAUUAUUUAGUUUGCAAGCAUCACCGAAUCC